GCGUUCUUUCAUCUGUCAUCGGACGCACAUCUUAUGUGAUAUUCAGCACAGAACUUUCAAUUGCUGUUUGGAAUCCAGAUUCACUUCAGCAUCUGUACUAUAUAUAGAUCAUCUGGGGGAUUUUACUAAAUCAAGAUGUUGCUGAUCAUUGAAGCUCUUCUCAUUUUAGCUACUCUAGGACAGGAUCACAGAACUGCUGCUUCUGAAGGACAGAUAUUUCCACUAGAUAUGGCACUGAAUUCUGUUGAUGAUAAAUAUGACGGUUGUACAGGGGACAUGACACACCUGGUGGAGACAGAAUAUCUGAAGAGGGAGCUCAACAACUCUGAAUCUGAUUUUAAAAAAUCUUGGCAAGAUUUUGAUAGUAAAAAUAAUUCUACGAAGCCAGAACAUAACAUGACAAGGAAUCAUUCAGUCGCCAUUUACGUGUACACAGACAGAAAAGUCUAUGGUGUUUUUAGUAAUGACACUCGUUACGGUAAGCAAAACUACACAAACGACACAUACAAAUGGUAUUCACUUCACUUUCUGUUAACAAAAGCAAUACAGAUUCUAAAGGAAACACAAGAUAAAUGUAUUUUAACUUAUCGUAAUACAAAAGUUAAAUUUAAUGAGAGUGUAAAGAACACAACAGUUCGUUUUGGUCAAUUUGCGUCUUCCUCCUAUAAUCCUAACAAAGCUAAGUUUUUUGGAAAUGUAUCUUGUUUUGAGAUCUACACUUGUUACGGUGCAAAUGUGACAAAAUAUUCUAAGUUUCCUCAUGAGCAAGAGGUGCUGAUUCCUCCAUAUGAGAUGUUUAAUGUCAUUGAUGUCAAGUCAAUUAGAGAUUUUAAAAAUCUUAGGUGUGAAACUGUAUACACUUUAAACAGCACUGGAACACAAAGCGACCUGAACUGUGCUCUAUUCACGAGACCACGUUCAUAAAGAAGUACUAUGUUUUGCACUAAGCUCAACAAAGUGCUUUGAUAUGGAAGCAGAUUAGCCUCAUUAAUAAUUCCCACAAAAAAACACGAUGCACACAUGCUUAGCAAAUUUAACAUGCAUGAAACCUAAUUCACAUGCACAAAACACAAUUCAUGUGCGCAAAAAUAAAUAUAUAUACAUUCACAAAAAGCAAUUCAUGUGCGCAAAAUAAAAUUAGAUAUUCAUAAAAUACAUGUUUCAAGUGUUUACUGAAGUAAACAAAGUUAGAGAUCAGCUGAAGCUAGAGUUUAACAACUUUAGUCUGAGUGUGAACAUAAUUUUAAGUAUUGAUGGAUUAUUAUGUGUACUUAAUAAAGAAUUCAUGUGCAUGUCAUACAACAUUAGGAUUUUAGAUAAACUAUAUAUGCAUAACAAUGGUUUGACUGAUGAGAGAUGUUGUAUAGACGAUAAUGAAAAUAUAAUGAUAUUUAUUUAUUGACGAUAGGAAAGAGCAAUCACAGCUAGGGGUGUGCGAUAAAUAUCUGUUACAUGUGCACUCUGUUUUGAACUUGUUUUGCACUUGUGUUGUACCAUUUCCCGCCACUAGUUUGUUUCCAUAGCUACUGAUCACCUUCAUCAUCACCACCAGCUGUGUUCAAUCACCCACCUCGUUUGUCUGUAUAUUUAAGCCCUGUGUUUUCAGUUCUGUGUUGUCCGGUAUUGUUUGUGUAUUGUGUAGUUGUCUCUCCAUUGAACCUGUCUG